ACGAUUGAUCGACACGGGCGGAAAAUAAAAACGUGGUGAACGGAAGAAAAUCGAGGUUGUGCUGCGUUCAACCUUCGCGAAGUCGAAAUUGUUCGUGACCGCGGGUGCAAGGAAAUUUCUCCGAUUUGGGCCCGGAGUGCGUGUGCGGACUACCGCAAAGUGAAAGGCUCACAUCCUGAAAACACUGGAGCAAAGGAAAACCACACAGAUACACAGGACCAGGAGUGGUUGAAAUUUUCCCAGAACCGGAGCAGUGGAAGAUCUUCCAGGAGCGGCAUCGCGGAGGCUGAAUCGCCUCAUUCGACUAUGGCUACUGAUGACAGUUCGACAUCAGCAGCAGUCGGUGGCAUCUUUGGGGUCCAGAUCUCAAAUCAGACACCGGAGCAGUGGUCGCAGUUCUCGUCGCGCGAAAGUAGCACAAGUGCACUUCAGUGUUGGGUGCUGCUCGAGUUUGUUCUUCGCAGCAGUGGAAGAAACCGUCGUGAAUCGUGUGCCCGACUGCAUCCAAACGUCGGACCCGGGUGCGCAGGUAUCCAAUGUGCACAGGCAAGAAAAGAAGGGCAAUCAUCGCAGGAGCACGUUUCAGCUGUGGAUCGGCCGAACUCGGCAGGGAUGCCAAACGAUUGGACGAUGAUGGAAGCAAAACUCGCCGCAGCUUUCCCUAAAGGUAUCAGGUGCCAAAAGUGUCUUGAAUUUGGUCACUGGAGCUAUGAAUGUAAAGGAAAGCGAAAAUAUGUGCAUAGAUCAUCGCGAACUCAGAUGCUGAAAAAAAAUUUGAAGAAAACCGAUCCUGCAAAAAGUUCGUCUAACCCGGCAGAAACUAUAACAAAACAAAAAAAGACAGAUAAGAAGAAAUCCGAAUCAUCCGGUAGUUCCGAUAGCAGUAGCGACAGCAGUUCUUCAAGUUCCGACUCAUCUGAUUCAGAUUCGAGUGAUAGUGAGAGCUCGACCAGCUCCAAUAGCAGCAGCAGCAGUUCUAGUAGCAGUAGUAGUAGCAGUAGUAGCGACAGUAGUAGUAGUAGCAGUGAUUCAGAUUCGGAUUCUGGGAAAGGCAAACCUAAAAAGAAGAAAGUUAAGAAAUAAAUCUUCUAAGUAAAACUAUACUAAAAGUUACUGGUGUAGUUUCACUCUUACCGCUAAUAAACUUGAUCUGAAUACAUAAAUGUUCGCAACUUUAUUAAAA